AUGGCAAAGUACAUUCUCGCCGUCAACGCCGGCUCCUCUUCGGUCAAAGUCACGUUCUAUACAUACGAGAACCCGCCAAGAGCUAUCGCCGAUGCCCAGGUGUCAGGUAUCACUGCCCCACCACCUUCGCUCAAGUACCAGCGCGGCACUGUGAAAAUUAAAGAAGAGCUGAAGGGGAAGCUGGACACGCCUCAGGAUGCAUUCAAAUACAUCUUGCAGCGCUGCUUUAAUGAUCCCGAGCUAUCGGAGGUCGCUAGCGAAACUGACCUCAAAUAUAUAUGUCACCGGGUAGUCCAUGGCGGGGACUACAAGGAAUCAAUCAAGAUCAACGAGCAGACUUUGCACCAGCUUGAAGAAUUGGAGGACCUUGCGCCGCUACACAAUUUCUCGGCCUUGGAAAUCAUCCGCCUCUGCAAAGAAGAGCUUCCAAGCGUCGAGAGCAUCACCUUUUUCGACUCGGCGUUCCAUCAGACGAUGCCCCUCCACGUGAAAACAUAUCCCAUCAACCAGGAAAUCGCCAAAGCCAACGGGCUACGGAAGUACGGGUUCCACGGAAUCAGUUACUCGUUCAUUUUACGCUCCGUAGCACAGUUUCUCGGUAAACCGGCCGAGUCCACUAACCUGAUCGCAAUGCAUAUUGGCAGUGGAGCUUCGAUCUGCGCGAUCAAGGAUGGCAAAUCAAUUGAUACCUCAAUGGGCCUUACACCCCUAGCUGGGCUACCCGGCGCAACGCGAAGUGGUUCCAUUGAUCCCUCACUGGUCUUCCACUACACGAGCGAGGCGGGAAAAUUGAGUCCCGGCAGCACCAAAGAGAUGCACAUAAGCACGGCGGAAGAAAUCCUCAACAAACAAUCCGGCUGGAAAGCUCUAACCGGCACGACGGACUUUUCCAAGAUCGCGAUCGAAGACGCGCCAGAAACACACAAACUGGCGCUCGAUAUCAUGGUAGAUCGAAUUCUGGGCUAUAUCGGGAGUUACUACGUAAAGCUGAAUGGACAGGUAGACGGGCUCGUAUUUGCGGGCGGGAUUGGGGAGAAGAGCGCGUUGUUGCGGCGGAGGCUGGUUGAGCAGUGCGGGAGUCUAGGUGUGGCGAUUGACUCGGGAGCUAACGACAAGGGGCCGGCGGAUAACGAGACAGUUCAAGAUAUCUCCCUUGGGACCGGCAAGGGGCCUCGGGUGUUGAUUUGCCAGACCAAUGAACAGGUAAGAAUGGAGUUUGGCGGCUUUGAUUAG